CACUUUUGUGUUAGUUAACUCUUUGUCUGCUCUGUGGUUCUGGCGGGUUCCCCUUGCGACCACCAAGCACCAAGCAAAGUACAGUAUGAUACACCGGAACACCGGAACCGACCAGCCACAUCAUCCAUCGUGUAGGUCUAUCUCCAGUCUGCAGCAAAGCCUAUAUCGAUUGGUUCAUUGCUUCAUUCUUUCUUUGCUAUUGCUGUUUGUAGGUACUAGCUAGCUACCGGUACUAGUAGUAGUAGUAGUAGUAGUUGCAUUGCGAGCCUCCUGUGUUGACAGCUGUAAUGAAGACUGACACUCCUUUGGUAGUCCCACGACGGCGUGUGGAUGAAGAUGGCAUUGUGCAAGAUGUGGCAGUGGCAGAGUCACAGUCACGAUGUCGUCGUUCUUUGUCUCCAAAGCGGCGUGGACGAAGGACUCUUGCUUCUCCGAUGCGAUCCUCUUCGUCUCAUCAUCAUCGAUUGCAGCAUGAUGUGAUCGUGCGCCAGCCAUCUAAAAGAAGACUCCUCAUGUUGGAGCGCGCCAAUUCCGCGCCAAACUUGUUCCAACAGAAAAACAACGCCAGGAGACCCAAAAGGACAAGCAAGACAAAGGGCAGCAACAUCAACAGCAGCAGAAGACGGCGCACUCCCAAGAAAUCAGUCAGUGCCAAAUGCCACAGCAGAGACAACAGCCUGCACAAUGCCAGACAACCAAGAAGAAACUCUAAUGCAAACUCUAAUGCAAAUGAAAAUAGUCUGGGCAGAUGGGAACAUCCUCAAGGAGUGGAAAGGAGACUCAGCAACACAAGCAAUGCUUCCAGGCCUGACAGAUCCAUUGACAGAUCCUCUGACAGAUCCAUUGACAGAUCCAACAGUACCUGCAGUAUUGACUCUUUGCCUCAAAAACCAAAAAGAAAUCAGUCUCCUGAACCCAUACACCACAAAGACAAACAAAAUCACAAUUGCAAACAACCCAUCAGAACACCAGAUCAGGAUCAUGACGAUGAUGACGAUGACAGCACUGAGGAAUAUGAUGAUGAUGAUGAUGAUGACGACGAAAACUCAUUUGCUCUAGACAACAAUAAUCAAAAGCAAGAGCAAAAAGAAAAAGAAAAGCAAAACAAACCUGCAGCUACCAGAACUACCAAAAACACAGAAAAGAAAAUCGAUAUCAAGCUACUUGGAUACACGGACUUGGAAGAAAUUGAUGACAACCAAGACUUAUUCCUACCACCACCACCACCACCACAAGACAAACAAAACAAAAUGAAUCACAGACUCUCAAUAGGAUCUACCAUGUCCACCAAAUCAAACAGAUCCGCAAACACAUUCGCACCAACUGCAUCUUCACUUUUCCAAUCCAGAAGAGAAUCCAUGGGAAACAGAAACCUACCUGUCAGGGCAUCCUCCUUCUUGGACACUUAUGCAAGACCAAACAGCAACAGCAACAGCAACAACCACAAACAUUUUGCAAACAGAAGAAGAAACAGAUCCAUGGACAUGACACUCAACUUGGUCACAGGAACAAGCCCCAUGCACAUGCACAUGCAAUUCAACAGAUCCAGUACACACAGCAGAAACAGCAGAAACAGUAGAAGACCUUCUGCUGCUACGGGUACAGGCGCAACAACAACAACAACAAACAGACAACAAAUGCAAUCCUUCUCAAGCGUCGUCCUAGGAGGAAGAAACUCAAAAUCUUUCAGAUUGCAACGCCCCAGCAACUCCAAUGAGGAUGCGGCGAGGAGACGACAACAGCAGAGACGAUGUAGAUCCAUGGACAUGACUCCAUCCGUCGUAAAGAGGGCACCUUCACCUCCUCCUUUGCCAAAACGACAACAAUCCAAUGCUUCCUCAAACACUCAUGUCGCAGACUCGAGCUUCAAUUGUGAUGUCAGUGAUGUCAUGGCUUCAUUGGCUAGAGAUGAAGACGAAGAAAUGAGCUUCUUCACUCUUGCCAGUAGCAGCUCUUCUGGCGGGACCACAAGACCGGGAUCGGUCGCUUCCAGACUAUCCUUUCAUUCUGUUGGUUCCAGUCAUCACAAUAACAGCACCGGAUGUCACUCAUUUAAACAGGCACCACAACGCGGACGACUCUCACUCUCACCUUCCACUGACGCACACAAAAAGGCGUGCAGUCUGUCUCCUGCUAGAAUCUCAAUGAAAAAGACACCAAACAACAUUGUAGACCUCAUUGAAAACAUGGACAGUGAAGAAGGAGAAUACAUCAUCUUUGUUGGAAAUAAAAAGGACCUUACGAGUGUUGAUGGUGGAGGCGAUGACGACGACGAUGAUUACAACGACGACAAUUCCACCUAUCUCAGUAUCGGUGGACUCAGUUUGGGGGUCAAUAGCGCCGGAUUUUGCAGCUGUCAUUCCUCUUUCAGAAACAUCACCAAUGGUAGUGGUAGCCAUUCGAGUUUAGGGUACCGAGUCGAACUCGACAGCAACAAGGAUGACACCAGCAAUCCCAGUUUGGGAUAUCGAGACCCUGACAAUCAAGAUCGCAAAAUUGCAGGUUGUCUUCACUGCAGCAGCCACGAACACGAACACAAACACGAUGACAACAAGGACGACGACAAUGACAGCCAAAGUGAGGAAAGUGAGGUGCACAGUGACGAAGAAUGGAGUCAGAGCGACAAAAGCAGCAGCGGUGAAAGCAAUGGCAGCAGUACAUGUAGCAACCACAGUUCCACAGACUCGAAGGACGACAACGAAAAUGAUCACCCCGAGAAACAGCAAGGCAGCAGUGCGAGGAAUGGACCUGGCAAGGACAGUCAUGGCGGUGGCGGUGAUAGCGAACCAAAAGCCGAUGUGAAAUCAAACUCGGCCAAUCAGGAAAAGGUCACUGGAACGAGUGAGGUAGAUGGUGCGGUCUCGUACUGUGGCAAAGCACCCAGCGAUGAGAAGUUGACAACGUUGCCAAACGACGAUGACGUUAGCAGCAACGAACGGCAGGAUGUGCCCAGCACAAUAGUGAUGAAGGCUGAUGGGGAUGAUGUUGGCGCUGGGGGUGCUAUUGCUGCAACCAAUCAUGUUCGUCGGUGCGAGAUUGACGACAAGAACAAUACUGUAGUGUCUCACGAUGUUGCGCCCGAUAAUGUCGAAGCUAAGGGUGGCGAAAGUGCUGUCCCGAAGUGUGCAAUGGACAAAAUCGAAAAAGACGGUUCCUGCAGAAGCUUGUUGGGCCGCACUCUCGACAGCUCUGAGAGUACCGACAUAUUCACCUACGUGGCGUAGCGAAGAAUGGCUUCGUGGUCACGGUUCAUCUGCAACGAACGGUCUGGCGAAAACCUCAAAGCCCGGAACAACGCUUUGCUUUUUUGGGGGUGGCGGCGGCAACAUGGGACUGCCAGGGAAUAAACACUCAUCAAUCAUCCAUCAAUCUUCAACUUUUGGUAGCUAGCUUUUAGCAAUAUUGACGCUGAUCUAUUCAUGCGAUCUUGGCUGCACUACUACUGCACAUUUAAAGUUGACUAUUGAACAGGGUCCGUCCACCUUCCGGUAGGUUGUCAGCGGUACCGGUAGUUAGGCAACUCGUAUGCCAAAAAGCUGAUCUUUGCCAUGAAGCUGUCCUCGGAGCCGUCAGCUUUCUGAUCAAUCAAGACAUUCACAGGAUAACCUUCCUCCAUUGCGUAUGUUACACUGAUUCUGAAGGCACCAAUGGCAACAGCAAGCUCGAUCCGCAAGAACAUGACCUCCACACUAUCGGGAACCAUUGCACGACUGUUUUCGAGUUCAAAGUGUACCUGUUUUUCAUUUGCAUCUGUCACUCUGUUCACAAUUGCCCUCUUCACUGACACAUUCCAGGGAAAGGGAUGAGCUGGGUUCUCCCUGGUGCCACCGUUAGAGCUUUCAAAUUGGUAAUCAUAGUCAACGACCCCCAAAGCAUCCCACUUUUCCCUCGCCGCUUCGAGCUCUCGUUGUGCCGUUGACUUGACCGUAUACGAGCUGACUGAGAUGUCAAUCUCAUCAUCUUGAACGUUCAAGUCCGGGUCAAUGUAGAUUCUUCGAGGAGCGCCUACUCCAAAGUCGUAUACCACUUGAAUCUCUUGGUGGUUGGUAUCUAUUGCAUUCUGAAUGAGAUCGAAGAAGUCAGUGACUGUGAAUGGCGCUACGCCUUCGCCUUUCACCUCGCGACCAGAAUCUGUUUGAUGGAUCCAAGCUAUCUUGUAAUCAUGGACCAGCACUGUCCAGGGGAAUGUCAUUGGCUCUUGACAUGUCAAACAUGGCCGAGACGAGUAUGUGUACUCGUAUGACGUAAUUGCCUGGGAGAACCAAAGAUUCUUGGCUUCGUUUAGCCCCUUCUGAAGCACUUCCUUCCCUUUGGUUGACACCGUGGCUUUUGCCGAAUAGAGGCUCCGGUCCAAAAGUAGAAGGACGAAUAGUGCCCUGAUCAUGUCCGCACGGUAGGUUGGCUGGGUACUGUACUAUUCGAGGGAACCUCUUGUGUGUUUCUUUUGCCGGCUGUUUCACCCAAAUCUAUGAGCCUUUUGGUUUGUUCCGAUUGAGACUCGACUCUCCUACCCUGUACUACCGAUAGCUAUACGCAUGUAGUACUAGUACGGCACGGUACCGGUAUGGGUGAUCAUCCUUGAUUGGGUUGACAAGGUAAUCACCUAUCUUUUUGGCCGGUCACGUUUCCUCGCUUGGUCGCUCCUUGCUACAGUACCGGUAGCUUGGACGAGCUUUGCAGAGGAUUUCGACGCAGCGGCAAGCAAAAGCUUAGGCGACCGGUCUCAUCCUCUCUACCGGUACCAGUACGUAGCACCCACUUCCAAGCACUAGCUAGUCAUGCAAGGGAUACAGUAGCGCACGUAGGACUUGUCGGACCUGGAUUACUACUUGGCGCAGCUCUCCAUCUGUAGCAGGUACAGUCGUACCACCUCCAUUUUAGACUACUGCCUGGUUCGGUUUGCUUACUGGUGCCGGUGCGCAGUUGUUCAAAACGGAACGGGACUUGACUCUUCCGACCCAGCCGACCACAGCCAGCUCCAAUGAUGUCAACAGCUACAUCAACAUAUCAACCACCUACCACCAUCCUGCCAAUCCGAACAUCCCAACCUUAUCAUGGUUGCUGUUAGCUCCAUUAGCUCUGCUCUUGAGCUCUUGAGUCUAGUACUGGAGCUCUGGUGGCUACCUGGUAGCAACUGAGUGCAUGGACAUGAGUAGCUGAUAGUUUUGAGUACUCCUGGGGUAGCUACAUGUGGCGAGCUAGCCAGGAAUCCCAGGCUGCACUGUAGAGUGUACAAGUGAAAAGUACUAGUCUAACGUUGAGUAUAGUAUAUCUACUGUUCUGAGUGAUGGAUGCAAGCAGAUCGCACUGAACCAAUAGUUAGCUAAGGUAGGGGGGAACAAAGAGUAUCAAGUUUUGAUAUCAAUCACGUUAUGUUAGUGUCCUUCGUCAUGAGAACCAGGGCAGCCAUUGUUGCAGAGCCACUGGAUCACUUCACUCUGUUUGUACAAGCAGGCAACAUAUUUUAUUUAAAUUAAAAUAGGCACAUGUUGAUGCAUUC